AUGUGGGAACUGCGUUCAGCCUCCUUCUGGAGGGCCAUAUUUGCUGAGUUCUUUGCCACCCUCUUCUAUGUCUUCUUCGGGCUGGGGUCCUCACUGCGUUGGGCCCCUGGACCCCUGCAUGUCUUGCAGGUGGCUCUGGCCUUUGGCCUGGCUCUGGCUACGCUGGUGCAGGCUGUGGGCCACAUCAGUGGAGCCCACAUCAAUCCUGCAGUCACUUUUGCCUUCCUUGUCAGCUCCCAGAUGUCCCUGCUCCGUGCCUUCUGCUAUGUGACAGCCCAACUCCUGGGAGCAGUGGCUGGGGCCGCCGUGCUGUAUAGCGUUACCCCGCCUGCCGUCCGAGGAAACCUAGCACUUAACACGCUGCACCCUGGGGUGAGCGUGGGCCAGGCCACCACAGUGGAGAUCUUCCUGACGCUCCAGUUCGUGCUCUGCGUCUUUGCCACGUACGACGAGAGGCGGAAUGGCCGCCUGGGCUCCAUGGCCCUGGCCGUUGGCUUCUCCCUCACCCUGGGGCACCUCUUUGGGAUGUACUAUACUGGUGCAGGCAUGAACCCUGCCCGCUCCUUUGCUCCUGCCAUUCUCACCAGAAACUUCACCAACCACUGGGUGUACUGGGUGGGUCCAAUCAUUGGAGGGGGCCUGGGCAGUCUCCUCUACGACUUUCUCCUCUUCCCCCGGCUCAAAAGUGUUUCUGAGAGACUGUCUGUUCUCAAGGGUACCAAGCCCAAUGACGCCAAUGGACAACCAGAGAGCACAGGGGAACCUGUUGAACUGAAGACCCAGGCCCUGUAGAAGCUCCAGUGGCAUAGAGGGAGUAGGAAGCUUCCGGGUUUACAUGGAAGGGCUGACCCAGCCCCUGGAUGAAGAAAGAGGCUGUGGGGAGGGGCAUGUACUUCUUUAUUUUUUAAUUUAUGUGUGUGUGUUUUUUGCCUUUUGCUGUGUGAAAUCUUUCAAGUUGCAUUCAUGAGCUGGUUGGUACAAACUUCCCUUCCUCCCCAUCCCACCUCUCUUUGCCGCUGUGUGUGCAUGAUUGUGUGUAUGAAUGUGACUGAAUGUGGCUGUGUCUGAGUUCUGGGGCAUGGCAGGAGAGGUAGGGAAGGGAAAGGAGGUGUCAUCCUAUACCUUCCUCUCCCAACCCGGUGUGCUGAGCAUAGGGAACCAAGAUCUUAAGCUUCUGGCCUUCACCCUGCUGCUAGUCCUGUGUAUGGCUCUAGGUUUCUGAGGGAGCAGGGAAGCAGGGAGUACUCCUCACAA